AUGCAGUUCUUUUUCCAUCUGAUCUUAUUGUCAUGUAUUUUUGUGGAAUAUUCAUUGUCCGAUGACAAUACAAAUCAUAUUCUAUGUACAUCACAUUGUCCAGAAAUUACUGUUCCAUUUUCUGAACUAUCGAUAUUAUCGACAGAAUGUCAAGCGAAUGAUACAAAUAAUUAUGAAUCAGCAUUAAGCUGUGGUAUUGAAUAUACUAUUGAUUAUGAUGCAAAAUCUAUUCGUAUUAGUUUUCAAGUUACUAAUGAUACACGCAAUUUAGAAAAUCAACCAUCAGCCGAAUUUCUUGUUCAAUCAAUAAAAUUAUCUCUCCAACAAUAUGGACGACCCAAUUUCGUAAAUCGAAAAUAUGGUUGCAAUACAAAAGACGAUUGCGCAAGAGAUUUUUAUUUAAGUACAAUAAAUGUUUUAGUCAAUGAUGGUGCAGCAAAUUUAGAUUUAAUUAGACUUAAAUUACAUAAUGAUUCAUUAAUAGUUGGAGACAAAGCACAACGACGUUGUACUGAUAGUAAUAAAACAGGUGACAAAACAUCGAGAUCAUGUAAAAAUGGUUUUUGUCAUGCACGUAUUGAAAAAUAUGAAUUAGAUGAACCAACAAAUACGAAAACACAAAGUUGCGUACCAGUAACUGACCCUACUCUAAUUAGUGAAAUUGAACAUCAUUCUCCAAAAUCAACACAAAAAGAAAGAGAAACACUGGAAUAUACAUGUAAUAAAAAUGUUUGUAAUAGAAAUGAUUUCAUUUCAAAAAUUCAAGAAAUUAUUAAUGCUUAUAUACAAUGGAAACCAAUAAAUCAAGAAGCUCAACCUAAUCAACCUAAUGAACCUAUUAAUGAAAAAUCUGCAGAAAAUUUAUCAAUUCAACAGACUAUAUCAUCCUCUAUUCUAGUUUUAUUUUUAUUAAUUAUCAAAUUAUUCAUUUAA